AUGACCGCUGGCCCGUCGGACGUGAGCGGUGCCUCUCGUCCGGGGCAAGUUCUCUCCACCUCGGCGGCUAAAAUCUUGUGCGUAUAUAAACCACAUGUAUUAACAGGAUGGCUUAUUAUCUUUUCGUUGAACCUUGGGCCACAAAACAACAACAGUAAAGCUGGUUUUCAAACCAUGUCACAGGUAAAAGGUGUGCAACAGUUCUUCAAUAAAGCACGGUUUAGAGACGUUAAACGUAUAUAUACGCCGGAGGAUGUUCUGAGACACAGGGGAUCUUUGGUCGGCGAUACCACUAUACCGCUCUCUUGCCUUACGGCAAGAAAGCUGUUUGGUCUUCUGGAGGACCGCUUCCAACAUAGAGCUCCAUUGCACACGCUUGGUGUGCUGGACCCAGUGCAGAUGUCGCAAUUGGCAAGGUGCAAGGACUUGAAAGUAGGUUAUGUUUCAGGAUGGGCAUGCUCUUCAAACGCAAGUGAUAACGUGUCCCCAGACCUGGGGGAUUAUCCGUACGACACAGUGCCUAACCAGGUAGGGAGAAUCUUUAAUGCACAGUUACUACACGACAAGAAAUUACAACUAUCAAGAUAUAACAACAACAACAAUGACAAUGCAGAUGAGGUAGACUAUAUGAAGCCUUUGAUUGCCGAUGCAGAUAUGGGGCACGGGGGAGUAGGAACUGUGAUGAAAGUAGCUCGACUUUUUGCAGAGAAAGGAGCCGCUGCUAUUCAUUUGGAGGAUCAAUUGGUUGGUUCCAAAAAAUGCGGUCAUCUAGCAGGCACUGUGGUCGUGCCAGUAGAGACGCAUUUGACAACGUUGCAUGCGACCAGAUUCCAAUGGGAUCUAAUGAACACUGAAAACUUGAUUAUUGCAAGAACAGAUUCGUGCAAUUCAAAAUUAAUUAGUAGUGCAGUGGAUCCAAGGGAUCAUCAGUUCAUAAAGGGAAUCAUAGUUAAUGAUACGAAGGAAUCCAAAUUCAACAAACCCUUGAAUGAAAUGCUUUUGGAUCUUCAAAAUGGUGAUAAAAUAAGUCCAAACAACGUGAAAUCUUUCGAAAAAGAAUGGUACGAAGCAAAUAAAUUAAUGACCUUUGAUGAAAUGGUAAAACUGGUACUAAAUGAUAUGGAUUAUCAUCAAUAUCUCAAAGAAAAAGCAUUACUAAAAAGUUCAAAAAAUAAGAGAUAUUUAAGUUUAAUUGAAAUGAAACAGAUAUUGACAAAAGUUAAUAAUAAAAACACUGUAGAGUUCAAUUGGGACUAUCCUUUAACAAAAGAAGGGUAUUACAUGUACAAUGGAUGUUUGGAGUCUGCAAUAGAGCGAUCAUUAAUAUACGCUCCUUAUAGUGACAUGAUCUGGCUGGAAACAAAGACACCAGAUCUGGCGCAAGCAAAAAUGUUUGCUAAAAAAAUUCACGAAAUUCACCCACACGUAAAAUUAGUUUACAAUUUAUCUCCAAGUUUCAACUGGCAGAAAUAUAACAUCGAUAUAAAAAACUUUAUUUGGAACUUAGCAAAAGAAGGGUUUAUCUUACAAUUAGUGUCACUUGCUGGGUUACACAUCAGUGGUUUGGCAUAUUGGUCAAUAGCAAAAGAAUUUCAAUACGAAGGAAUGAAGACUUACGUCGAAAAAGUACAGAAGAUGGAGAAACAAGAAGGUUCUGAUAUGUUAUUACAUCAAAAAUGGUCUGGGAUCGAAUACGUUGAAUCAAUAACGAACACAAUUCAGAAUGGUACAAAUUCAAUAAGUUCAUCCGUGUCAAGUGAUUCAUUUACAGAAAGUCAAUUUUGA